CACCUGUGAUAGUAUUUUAAGAAAGAGGUUCCUCAUUUCUGUGGUCGAUAAUAAUAAUUGUAUCACACACACACAGAGGCCCACCGAGGCCAGGGGGUACAGUGAAAAAAAACAAACAAAAAAAUAAAUAAAAACAUUUCAGGUCAAUUAAUAUCAAACAUUUUGACAUUUUUAAAAACAAGUACCAGCUGCAGCUCUCAGGCUUGUGCGGGGCAGGUCUUGUUUGCCGCCCCGCCGCUACAUAAACAAAGCCAAGCCGGUGCGUUUUUGUUUCCGUUUUUGUUUCCGUUUUGGUGUGAAGUUGCGCUCCACUCCGCUCCAGACUCUCCAGUCCUGCGCACUGAACCGACGCGCUGCCAAAAACACUCUCCAUUUAUUUGUGAAAUACAGUGAGAGACGCUGCCUGCGUGUUUGUGACUCGCAGGGGCAGCACACGCCUCAGUCCUGCUCUGUGAUCUCCACUGGGUUUUUAUUUGGAAGUGUGGAUUUGUUGAGUGCCUGUUUACCUGGGAAGAAACAAGACUGCCAGAGCCGUGCUGCAGAUAUCCUGCUGACAAUACCUGAAGAAAUUUGUUCAGAAGACAAAAUUGGAUUAUCCUUCUGAAAGAGAAGAUUCAACGAUGGAGCCUGUCCAUAUUAAACAGGAGAGUCCAGUAUUAGAAUCAGUCCAUAUUAAAGAGGAGAGUGCUGAACUAGAAUCAGUCCAUAUUAAACAGGAGAGUCCUGAACUAGAAUCAGUCCAUAUUGAAGUGGAGAGUCCUGUCAUAAUGUCAGUCCUUAUUGAAGAGGCAAGUCCUGUAUUAGAAUCAGUCCAUAUUGAAAGGGGUAUUCUCAAUUCUAAACCCUUAAGCAGCUUGCAGGGCUCUCUCCCCUGUCCUGGAUGUGGGAAAGGUUUUAAUCCUGAAGGAAACCCUGGCGGCACUAUAUCCUGCACAGGAUGUGGGAUAAGUUUCUGUCAGUUACAAAACAUGAAACUUUACCAGCUUAUCCCCACUGGAGAGAAGCGAUUUUUCUGUACUGAAUGUAGGAAGAGUUUCAGCCGGAUAAGCAACUUGAAACUGCACCAGCAAAUCCACACUGGAGAGAAACGACAUGUCUGUGCUGACUGUGGGAAGAGUUUCAGACAGUCAAGCGACUUGAAAUCCCACCAGCGAAUCCACACUGGAGAGAAACCAUAUGUCUGCGCUGACUGUGGGAAGUGUUUCAGAAAUUUACGAAACCUGAAACUUCACCAGCUAGUUCACACAGGAGAGAAACGACAUCACUGUAAUGACUGUGGCAAGAGUUUCAGUCGGGUAGAAAAAUUGAAAAUACACAGGCGAAUUCACACAGGCGAGAGACCUCAUGUCUGUGCUGACUGCGGGAACAGUUUCAGUCAGUCUGGCACUUUGAAAAGACACCAGCAAAUUCACACAGGAGAGAAGCCACAUCACUGUCCCUGCUGCGGGAAGAGUUUCAGCCGGAUAAGCAUCUUAAAAUUGCACCAGCAAAUCCACACUGGAGAAAAACAGUAUGUCUGUGCUGACUGUGGGAAGAAUUUCAGACAUUUACAAAACCUGAAACUUCACCAGCGAAUCCACACUGGAGAGAAACCGUAUGUCUGUGCUGACUGUGGGAAGAGUUUUACUGCUACAGCUUCUCUUAAAAAACACAAAUGCAAGUUGUGAAAGUUUAGGCAGAAUGUGAGUGUGUGUUCAUUCACCCGCACUCAGAAAUCUCAGUCGUUUUAAACAGCAGCUUAAUAUAGAAACUGUGAGAACUCUUGAGUGUCUACAGAUGACGCAGAUCCAUCAAUAUUCAAGACACUGUUGUGAAGCCGUUACAAUAUAAAGCACUUUCCUAUGUUUUAUAUCAUUAAUAUCAUUGACUGACCCUUUAAACUAGUUUUAAAACACAGCCUGUUGUCUUUCCAGCUGAUAUCUGUGUAACUCUUCCUAACAUCAUAAACUGCAUUGGAAUGAGAAUAACAAGCUGUUUUAAUCAGUAAGAAGGGUUUCUGUUAGCAUGAUUAGUAAGCUGUGUGUUAAUCGUGUUCAACUUCAAGAUUGAGAGAAAUAAUCUGAGUAAACCCGAUCUGUGUGACACUGAAUUCAUUUCAUGAAGUGUCUGAAGAGACCAGAAGACUCUGCCAGUGUGUUUUAUGAGGGACACCAAUUACAAAACACUGGCCUUGUUUUAUGAUUACGUUUCAGUUCUAUUGUAACGUUAUGCUUGAGUUUUUAAAUGUUGGAUUUCACUUCCAGUGACACAUAAACCCAGAAUCUGAAAGAGAAGGAGUCGCUGCAGUAAAUAUCAAUGCAUGACAUCUGUAUCAAAGAACAGGAAAGCAUCUAAACAAUAGAGUUCAAUGUAGAAUGGAAUGUGGGUGUUUGGAACUAAUAAAUGGUAAACGUUGUUCAGAUUUGAAACAUGGUCUGGUCCCAUCCUUAUAGCGUAACAAAGCAGUUAAUUCCAUGUUGACCUGAAUCCACAAACCUUAUAGGCUGCAGAGUUAACCUGUAGUGUAAAGAGACAGGGCGGUACACCUGCCAUACACACACAGCAUGCAAAUACACACAAUACAGCACUGUGCAAAAGAGCUGGCCAAAACAUUAGGAACACCUGCCAUACAUACACAGCAUGCAAAUACACACAAUACAGCACUGUGCAAAAGAGCUGGCCAAAACAUUAGGAACACCUGCCAUACACACACAGCAUGCAAAUACACACAAUACAGCACUGUGCAAAAGAGCUGGCCAAAAAAAGUCCUAUCUCUUUGCAUUGGAGUCCAAUAAAAAGGUUCAUCCGUUGGUCUAAAGGAAUUUGGGGAGUUUUUGAUUUGACCCAAAUCUGAACGGUGAACCCACCUGGUUUUUCGAUUGCCCCAUAACUCCGGAACCCUGGGGCAAUGCCUUCGACCCUGGUCUGUGCUGAUGCACGAGAGUCUCAGCUAAACGGAGAUGCCCCCCGACCUUAUACGGUACCCCCCUCCGAACAGCGGGUGUAUAAGUGGACCUUGUAUGCAGUCCACCAAGUGGCACACAAGCAACUAAAAGGCCUACAGCCGUGCAUACAUUAUCCUCACAUAUCAGGGAUACUCUGGUGUGAAUCAUAGCUUCCUAGAGUGUUCAGAAGUAUUAUCUGCAUGCUUUUUAAAGUAGCUGCAUUUGAAAACAAUUUAAAUUUUAUUUUUUUUAAAGCAUAACGAACGAUAUCCCCAUUCUAUGCUUGAAUUGAAAAAACAAGAUACAAAAGAAAUGAUUUUGAUUUUAACGGUCAAUUUGGCCAAAAAAAAUUAAAUGUCAAAGAGCAGCAUUCUACAUAUUUUUUAGUGAAACUAAAUCUAUUUAUUAAUAUUAUUAUUUGUUUAUUUAGCAGACGCCUUUAUCCAAGGCGACUUACAGAGACUAGGGUGUGUGAACUAUGCAUCAGCUGCAGAGUCACUUACAACUACGUCUCACCCGAAAGACGGAGCACAAGGAGGUUAAGUGACUUGCUCAGGGUCACACAAUGAGUCAGUGGCUGAGGUGGGAUUUGAACCGGGGAUCUCCUGGUUACAAGCCCGUUUCUUUAACCACUGGACCACACAGCCUCCUAUGGUAGGUCAACACAAUCACAAUAUUGGGGAUGAUUCCACCUCAUCUGAGGAAGGUUACACAGAACCCAUCCAGUGUUCCUUCAAACAGAAAGGAGCCUCUUAUCCAACUCAAUCAACAGCUAUACACAAACAUGUCCAGACAACAACACCAAUACAAAACACACAUGAGCAAACAGACUAAAUCAAGUGUGGUGCAGCAGAUGUGAAAUGGAAAGGAGUUUAAAAAGAACAAAUAAACCGCUGUAGCCUAACUUAUCAUUCAUGUAUUACUGUAGAGCAACGAGACAAACAGAAGCACGCAUAUGGAACCUGCCAGGCUCCAACAUGGACUGGCAAACAUCUACACCUGGAGAAUCCCCAUUACCCAUAACUGUAUAUACACCAUUGGGAUUGUUUCUAUUUGUAACUUAUAUCAGUUCAGACAGCAAGGCAAUGAAUCAAAUCCCCCUCCAUCCUAACCUAUCUUCAGAAGCUCUCUCCCCAUGGCCAGACUUCAUCUGUGGCAGACACCACUGUGCCCCUAAACAGUAUCAUUUUUCCUUUUUAGCAUUUAUUUAAUCUAAAAAUAUAUAUUCAACACUCAAGUCAGCCCCUCUUUAUAUUUAUUAUUCUGGUUAGAGUUUGUCUUGCAGCAUUUUAAUAAGAAUGCAUGAAGGGACCAGGCAACAAACCCUCAGAACAACUGCAGUGUAACACAGCCUUUCCUGCAUUUAAAAAGAAUGGUAUAUCAUGUGCACAGUUUUUCAAGAAGUGUUUUCUCGGUUUAUUUUGGAUUCAUGAC